ACGGGAGCAGCAGAAAGAGCAACAACAACUUGGUACAAGGCAGAAAUACACCCUGGACAGUGUGCUCCACACAUUCACACACUCAUUUACACCAAGGAACAAUUUCAGGUUGCCAGUCCAACCCUAACUGUAGUGGCAUGUUUUAGGAAGAAACUGGAGAACCCAGAGGAACCCCACAUGGACACAGGAGGAACAUGACAGGAAACACAUACAUAGUAUAAAUCAGCAAGAGAAAAUUGCAUAGAAAGCCACAGAGUCUGCUUACUACCAAAGUUCUUACAGGAUUAAAUACUGCACCAUGGCUCAGUAUGAUCAACUUGAGGAUAAGGACUCUCUGGAUAUCCAUGAUAACCCGCCAGUACCUGAUAACGUGGUCAAAGAGGAUGACAACACUGUAUAUUUUCUGUAUGAUGAAGAGGUAGAGGAAGAAGAGGCUCCCCCUCCCCCGACUCCUGAGCCUGUGGUCCUAGUGAAUGACAGGCCACAUAAGUUUAAGGAUCACUACUGCAAGAAACCCAAGUUCUGCGAUGUCUGUGCUCGAAUGAUUGUCCUCAAUAACAAAUUUGCCCUGCGCUGCAAGAACUGCAAGACCAAUAUUCAUCAUGCAUGCCAAUCCUAUGUGGAGUUCCAGAGAUGCUUUGGCAAAAUACCCCCAGGUUUCAGGCGAGCGUACAGCUCCCCUUUGUAUGAUCAGGAGAUAAAUAACCCUGGCCAACAAAAUCGCACUGACCCAGUCUUUGACACUCUGCGAACUGGAGUUAUCAUGGCAAAUAAGGAGAGAAAGAAAAGUUCAGAAGAUAAAAAGAAUAUGAUGAUGAUGAUGAUGGAGGAAGAAGAGGCUCAGCAGCCCAAAGAGGGUGAAGAGGGGGGUGAAGGAAAGCAGGAUGCGGAUAAAAAAGACAAGUCGGCUGCAGACGACAAGAAUAAAAAGCAGCAGCAGACUUUUAGUCAGACUCACUACUACCUGGCUCUGUACCGUUUCAAAGCAAUAGAGAAGGAUGACCUGGACUUCCAUCCUGGUGAUCGUAUUACAGUGAUUGAUGAUUCUAAUGAAGAAUGGUGGAGGGGUAAGAUUGGGGAGAAAACAGGUUACCUUCCCAUGACUUACAUCAUCAGGGUGCGUGCAGGAGAGAGAGUGUAUAAGGUGACACGCUCCUUCGUGGGGAACAGAGAGAUGGGUCAGAUCACACUAAAGAAAGACCAGAUAGUGGUGAAGAAAGGAGAGGAAGUGAACGGCUAUCUGAAAGUCAGUACAGGCCGUAAACUCGGCUUCUUCCCUGCUGAUCUACUACAGGAGAUCUAAAUGACAACAAAGCACUAGUACAAUGUGCCUACAUCAGCAAAUAACAAACAAUAUGAACAAACCAAUAAAAUUAAGUUUGAUUUUUCAAAUAUAUAGAAAUAUAGUAGAAUAGUAGCAAGGAAAUGUUAUGAAAUGGUACCUCAAAUUUUUGGAAUCAUAACCAUAUUUGCUACAAUAUGGAUAUGAUCCAAGCAACCCUUGGAACACACACACACACACACACACACACACCAUCAUCAUCAUAAAAACAACAUUUGUGGGAAUAUCUUAUGGAAAAAUGGUGUCUAUUACUCCAGUACAGUUCUAGAGUAUUGUAGAAUUGAAGCCAAGGUGCGUUGAUGCUGUUCUGGAGGCUCGUAGUAGCUGAAACCCUCACUAAAAUACUGUAUCCACAUCUAACAAAUCAUGUAAAAGUUUAAAAAAUAAUUAAAUGAAAGCUUCUAAAUAUCUAAAUAUUGCCUUGUGUAUAAAACUGCAUAAAUUCUCAUAGGUACACUGUAGUGCACAUGUAUAAGAAGGUGUGCCUGUAGGUUGUUCCAGAGGUGUUUAAGAACUUCCUUAUGCAUACUUUGGCUGUAUCUUGCUUCUGUCCUUGCAGGGAAAAUCUGCCUUGAUUAUAGUUUUAACAGAAAUAUGGUCUGUAACUUAAUAUGGUCCAUCAGUUAAUACAUGACAAGGUUUUUCUGUAACAUUUAGUUUUUAAGUAAAUGUUUGGAACAUUGUUUUUUCCUAAUACUCAAGACAUAUAAAAUCUUAUAAGAUAAACAUUUAUAUAUACAUUACUGUGCAGUGGCUCAUGUUACUAUUGUUGGUAUAGAAAUAUACACUUAUGUAUCUUGAUGAUACUCUUUACACAAUAUAUUUAAUAUUCAAAAUUGAGAAGAAAGUAAAGAUGUGCAGAGAAACUGGGAAGAAUUAUAAUUUAUUCUUAAAAGCAUAAUUUAUGUAAUAUUUAAAAUAAUUUAAUUGCCUAACGUAAUCAGUAUUUGUGGGGAAAUAAUCUAUCUUAAUAGUCAUAUUGUGUUGUGAACAUCAGUUUUGACUAGAAUUUAAGUAUUUGUAACACUCUAAUAACAUUCUGUUUUUAUCUGGUAUAUCUACUGAGCAUACUCAGGUCCUGACUUAUUGGUGUCCUGCAAAUUUUUUGAGAAAACUGACACAAAAAUCAAAGAUUGAUGGCAGCUUAUCUGCUUAGUUUCAUAUACUAUACAGAUACAUUUUCAAUUUCUAAAUAAAGCAGCUAUUUUUGUAUCACA